AUGAGUGCUGAUAGCGAAAGUAGAAUUGGUGUGGGGGCGAUGACUGUGUUGAAGAAAUCUGAAGAAAUGAUGAAUGUGCUACCUCCACCGGUUUCUGGUUCUGCUCAACCGCCAAGAAUGUUCGGCAUGGCUUCACCACUUCCUAAUCAACAAGCAAUGGCUACAAUAUCACCUACUAUGGGGCCUGCUGGAGCUGCAGGUACUGGACUGUCAAGGAUUGAUCCUAACCAAAUUCCACGCCCUAUACCAAACUCCUCUGUGCUUUUGCAUGAGACUCGCCAUGGAAACCAGGCAAAUCCUCCACCGCCUGCUACAAGCGAAUUCAUCGUAAGGGAUACUGGAAAUUGUAGUCCCCGGUACAUGAGGUGUACUAUUAAUCAGAUUCCUUGCACUUCUGAUCUUUUGACCACGUCUGGCAUGCAAUUGGCUUUGUUGGUCCAGCCCUUUUCCCUUCCUCAUCCAUCUGAGGAGCCUAUCCAAAUUGUGGAUUUUGGUGAAAGUGGACCAGUUCGUUGUUCCCGUUGCAAAUGCUACAUUAAUCCAUUCAUGAAGUUUGUUGAUCAGGGAAAACGAUUUAUCUGUAACCUCUGUGGUUUCACGGAUAAAACUCCCCGUGAAUAUCAGUGCAAUCUAGGUCCAGAUGGCAGGCGGAGAGAUGCUGAUGAAAGGCCUGAGCUAUGUAGAGGAACAGUUGAAUUUGUUGCUACAAGAGAAUAUCUGGUGCGUGAGCCAAUGCCAGCUAUCUUUUUCUUUCUCAUUGAUGUAUCAAUGAACGCCAUACAUACUGGUGCUACAGCAGGAGCUUGCAGCGCUAUCAGCCGGGUUAUUGCUGAUCUCCCGGAGGGUCCUCUGACACUGGUGGGAAUUGCUACAUUUGACUCGACCAUCCAUUUUUACAAUCUGAAACGUGCAUUGCAGCAGCCAUUGAUGUUCAUAGUUCCUGACAUACAAGAUGUUUACACUCCUCUCCCCACUGAUGUUAUUGUUCAACUUUCUGAGUGUCGUCAGCAUCUAGAUCUGUUGCUGGAAAGCAUCCCAACUAUGUUCCAGAAUAAUAAAAUGGCUGAUUCAGCUUUUGGUGCUGGGAUGCAGGGUGCUUUUUUGGCGAUGAAGAGUACAGGAGGCAAACUUCUGGUAUUUCAAUCAGUCUUGCCUUCUAUUGGCAUUGGGGCUCUUUCUGCUAGAGAGGCUGAAGGAAGAAGUAAUAUAUCUUCCGGAGAGAAGGAAGCUCAUAGAUUACUUCAACCAGUAGACAGAACUUUAAAGACAAUGGCUAUUGAAUUUGCAGAGUACCAGGUUUCUGUUGAUGUAUUUAUUACCACGCAAAGUUAUGUGGACAUUGCUUCAAUCUCUGUUGUCCCAAGGACGACUGGAGGGCAGAUGUACUAUUAUCACCCCUUUUCUGCUCUUUCCGAUCCUGCAAAACUCUACAAUGAUCUUAGAUGGAAUGUCACAAGGCCACAAGGUUUUGAAGCAGUGAUGCGUGUUAGAUGCAGCCAGGGUGUUCAAGUACACGAAUACACUGGAAAUUUCUGUAAACGCAUUCCCACAGAUAUCGAUUUACCUGCGAUUGAUUGUGACAAAUCGAUAAUGGUAACCUUGAAACAUGAUGAUAAAAUGCAGGAUGGCACAGAAUGUUCUUUCCAGUGUGCACUUCUAUAUACUACUGUGUAUGGGCAAAGAAGAAUACGUGUCUCCACCUUGUCUUUGCCAUGUACAACCAUGCUGAGUAAUCUUUUCCGUUCAGCUGAUUUAGAUACCCAAUUUUCAUGUUUUCUAAAGCAAGCGGCAUUAGAAAUCCCUUUCGUCCCAUUACCGCAACUAAGGGAACAAGUGACCAAUCUUUGCAUCUACAUUCUUCAUUCUUAUCGCAAAUUUUGUGCAACUGUGUCAUCGUCAGGACAGUUGAUACUUCCAGAGGCACUCAAGCUGUUGCCCCUUUACACCCUUGCUUUAAUUAAAAGUAUUGGGUUGCGAAGUGAUGGGCGUAUAGAUGAUCGUUCAUUCUGGAUCAGUUAUGUUUUCCCUCUCUCUACCCAAUUGACAAUCCCUCUUGUGUACCCCAGAAUGAUAAGCAUUCAUGACCUUAAUUCAAAGGAAACAGAUGGCGUUAUUCCUCCUGCUAUUCCACUCUGUAGUGAGCACGUGAGUGACGAUGGAAUCUAUCUUCUCGAAAAUGGCAAAGAUUGCUUAAUUUAUAUCGGGAACUCUGCAGAUCCCAAUAUAAUGGGGAAACUGUUUGGCAUUUCCUCCAUUGAUGAAAUUCCAAGCCAGUUUGUAUUGCAGCAGUACGAUAAUCCUUUGUCAAAGAAGCUAAACGAGGUCGUAAAUGAGAUAAGGAGCCAAAGAUGUAACUACCUUCGCUUGAGAUUAUGCAAGAAGGAAGAUCCAUCAGGAAUGUUGUUCUUCUCGUAUAUGGUGGAAGACAAAUCUCCACAUGGUCUGUCCUACGUUGAGUUCCUUGUACACGUCCAUCGACAAAUUCAAAGCAUAAUGAAUUGAUGUUAUUUAUGCAAGUGCGGUCUCCUUCAAUUAUGUUUACAAAUUCCGGUAGUCCUUGCACAAGCCAAGAUGAAGCAAAGUUUUGAGAUCCCUUUUAGUUUCGAUAGAUGGCUUCCAUUUGAAACUUGUGAAUUUGUAGCAUAAAGUAAAUAAAUCUCGCCUCGAUUCGAGCUAUUUUACCACCUUUUGUGGUAUGUAUAAACAGGGCCUUGUUCAAAAAUAUAUGCCCAAAUUAAUCCCGGCCAAAUUAUGAUUAUAAGAUACCAAUUCUGAUAAAUCUUAGUGGCCUCGACUAUAUCCCAUAACCUCUUUUCAGUGAGCAA